AGACCCAGACUGGGAACCCUGCGGGCGUCAGAGAGCAGGCCACCUUUCAUCACCGCCGCUGUUUCACAAUCUUUGCAGCUCCACACGUGUGGGUCAGAACCCAGGACUCGAUCUGGGCUGUGGAUGUUCACCAGAACUUCUCACCAGCAGCACAUGCAUAAAGAACACGUUCCUCCUGCUUUCUGGGGAUGUAAACGUCUUAACGUUCCUCUUUUAAGUAACUGUGAGGGCGUCACCGGUAGAAGUGGACCCGUGUGUUUUUAUUCUACUCGUAUUGUAACACCAGUUUUAAAAUCACCUUUAAAACCAGCACCAGUUCCUGGGAAAAGGGCUCCUAAAGGGCCACGAACAAAACAGCCGUCUCGAGCCAACCAGCCUUCUGUGGACAAAGACCAGGAUAUGAUGCAAUGCAUCGCCUUCGCAACAGCUGAUCAGUAUCAUCUGCCAACACUGAGCCAUGAUUUGAUGAACCACGGCUUCCAGGAGGUCGAUUUACCAAGAGACGCCUCAAACGUUCUGGUGAUCAGCACCAACAUGGCUGCCAAAGCAGACGACUGCGCGCUCGUCUUUUUCUUCAGGGAAGGAUCGGUGGUUUUCUGGAACGUUGAGGAGAAAGCGAUGAAAAAGGUUCUGAGGUUGUUGGAGCAGCACGAGAUCCAGCCCUACGAAGUGGCGCUGGUGCACUGGGAGAACGAGGAGAUCAACUACGCUGUGGCAGAAGGGAACACGAAGCUUCAGCGAGGCAGUUUUAUUCUGAGCCGAGAGACGGAACGACAAGAAGCUAUCCUGGAGAAGUUUGCAUUUUCAAACGCGCUCUGUUUGUCUGUGAAGCUGGCGAUCUGGGAGGUGGCACUGGAUCAUUUCGUGGAGUCAAUUCAGUCGAUUCCAGAGUUGCUGAAGUCUGGCAAACGAGUGAAGUUGUCUUCUGCAGAAGUGAUGCAGAAGAUCGGAGAACUUUUCACCCUGAGACACUGCAUCAACCUGAGGUCGGACCUGCUUCUCACACCGGAUUUCUACUGGGACAGAGAAAACCUGGAGAAGCUCUACGACAAGACCUGCCAGUUCCUGAGCAUCAACCGCAGAGUCAACGACGCUGGGCCUGCACCUGGCAUCACUGUGACGUCUGCGGGAAAAACUCGAGACUUUCUGCCAACUCUGUCCGAACGCCUUCUGCAAAGCUCACCAGGAGGGGGCGCUGUGUCCCUGGCUCCCAACGAGACAGCUGUGCUGCACGGAGCAUGA